GUCUAGAACUCAAACUGAUGCAAAAGAAGAGGCUGAACAUUUAUAAAUACAUUUCAUACUGUGAUACGUAAUAAUCGUAUUUUAGACUAAUUGUCUGAAACAUUCCUUCUUUUCUCUUUUUCUCUUCGAUUUAUGUCUGCAAAAGAAAUACCUACUAAACCAAAAAGUAGGUUUAUUGAACACUUUGACAUGACAACCCCUAACGAAUUACUGAAUAUAAUAAUUGCCGAAAAAAAAGAUAUGGAACAGGAUGAUAGACGCAGCAGUGGUGAUACCAAACAAGCAAAAAGACCAACGCCAUUGUAUGGUUUAUCUCAAGGUAGCUCAAGUUCUGCUACAAAACCAGAUUUGUAUUCGCCUAAAUUACCUACUUCUCCUACACCCAGUCCAUUGCUUACAGCUCGCUCCAGUCAUGAUAUGCCCAAGCUUAAAGCCACUGUAUCUGCAAAUGACCAUUAUCAAGCAAUUAGAAGCAGUAGUCCUUUACCCAAAGUUCCCCGGCAUCUAGAACAGCAUUAUGAAAACCCCACCGUAAUAUCGACAAAAUACAAUACCCUAAAUAGAGCUGACAUUAUUAUCAAACGAUAUGAAUCUUGGAAUAAAUUUGUUCUCUUGUUAUAUUCAUGGAUUAAUGAAAUGGCAAAAGUCAGUUCGCAAUCAGAAAGAUCAUACAAGGCAAUUUUAGAAAAUGAUAAAUUUUCUAACCUCAAAGGCAAUAGCGCAAAAACUGUAAGUGGUAUUCACGCCACUAUGCAUGGUUUCACAGCGGACUUGGCAUCACAAGAACAUAAAUUUGGACGGCAACUACAAGCUGAGCAUCUACCCAUACUUGAAAAUUUUAAAAAGGAAUGUCAGACCAAUAUCAAAGGUUUAAAAAGUAGACAAGACCUGGCAACAGAUGAGUUCUUAAAACGCGCGGAAAUUACAGCCAGUUUAAUUUCACAGCUAAGCAAAACUUGCAAAGAAGCACGUCGCACAAUUGAAAAGGGAUCUCAGGUGAUAAAUGAUCCUUGGCUAGUCAAUUUAUAUUUAUUAAGGCAAUUGAAGAAGGAAGUAGACGAAGAAAAUAGACUUACAAAAUUAAUGAUACCAAUACAGCAAGCCAUGCAAGACUUUGAAAGUCGCUUACUAAAAUCGGUGGAAAGCACUCUGCAGGUCUGCUUUAGUAAACCAGGAGCAUUGAAUCAAGACCAAAUUAAUUCCAUACAAUAUUCUUUAAACCAAGUCAUAACUAAUAAUUGGGGGGAGUUUGUUGCAAUGAAUAAGAAGGAUCUUGUCAAUGAGCAGCAGCCGCUUAAACAUCACCUCCAUAUAAAUUACAAGUGUAAAAAUGACCCACUUGUUAUGACUGUUUACAAAGGCCAAUUGGAACGUAGAUCCGGUGUAUUGAAUAAGUAUUCAGCAAAAUUUGUGAUCCUUACCACAUCUGGAUUCCUCCAUCAAUUUAAGCUGAACGACAAGGUUUCCCCCGAGCAAUCACUAUACUUACCUAAAGCCAUGGUGUCUCAGCUAAAAGAUGAUGAUAACAACACUUUCGAAAUACAACGCUCAGGGUCUGUAUUACAACGUGAUAAGUCAUAUGUAUUUCGUGCAGUUAAUUCUGAAGAAAUGGAAAUUUGGUGCAAAUUAGUAUCUGAUGUAGCAGCAUCAAAGCCUCAAUCAAUCCAAAAAAUAUCUACUGUAAAUCUUAGUAACGUUUCUCAGAGAAUUAGCCAUGAAUCCACCCCUCCGUCAUCGCCAAUUAGUAUACAUGAACAUCGUAAAAGCAUAUCAGUUAAUUUAGAUGAAGGUUAUUCGUCAAAGCCAAAGUUUUAUUCGGCCCAACUAAAUAUUGAUUAAAGCUUCAUAAAAUAAAAUAAAAAAGAGACUGUUACGAAUUUUAAAUGAAUGGCCCUAAAAUUAGAUAAACGAUUUACGUAACACUACUGAGAUGUAACAUGACUUUGGUGACA